AAUAUGCUGUGCAAACGUGAACUAAAAACACAAAAGAGUUUUUGCUUAAAUUAAAAAAAAAAUGCACCAUAAAUCCGCGAGUGUCAUCGUGUUUUAAGUUUUAAGCAUUUGUUGUUUUUUUUCGAACGCGUUCCGAAUUUGAAUUGUGACAUUUAGUUGUUUCUUUUGUUUUAGCGCCAAAAAGUGUAGUUUAACGAAAAUGUGACUGUUUUUAAUAAUUUUGUCGCGUUUUUAGAAUAAAAAUAUUACUUCGCGGCAAAAACAAAUGUGAAUUUUAUCAGUUUAAUUAAUAAAUCAUUUAAUCUUGUCGCGAUAGUUGAGUAAACACAGAAAUUACGUUUGUAAAGAGAUUUUUUCGUGGAUUCGUUUUUUUCGAUAAGGAAAUGCUUGUUCCGCGUUGGGAGUGUGAAUUUCGUAGUUUUCUUAGUCUUUGUUCAGCAACCAAACGUACUGUUUGGUUUGCAAUUAAAUAAAACAUACGAUUAUUUGUGAAAACCCAAGAUUAUUGAUUAUUUUCACCGUCAAGAUGUCGAUUUUAAAUAUGGGUGCGCGGCUGGAGCUGGCCUUUAGCAAAGUCUUCAGAAAAAUGGAUGGUUACACUAUAAUAGAUGAAAUUGGUGGACAAGACAACUACACUAUGGCGUCGAUAAAUUCAAAUGAAAAAAGUCCGGGGGAUCCGCCGGAUAAAAAACUAGCAGAGGCGGAUGCAGAAAAACAACCACUAUCAGGAAAGAAAGAGGAACGAUGGUGGUCAACGUUGAUGCAAGUGGCUGUGCCAUUCUUCAUUGCUGGAUGUGGUACAAUCGGAGCUGGAUUAGUUUUGGGCCAUGUCAAGGAAUGGGCUGUAUUCGUCAACGUGUCAGCCAUAUUUGUUUUGGUGCCGUCUCUCUCUGGUCUUAAAGGUAAUCUGGACAUGUGUCUAGCGUCCAGACUGUCCACGCAGGCGAACCUUGGCAACAUGUCGUCGACACGGGAAGUCAUAUCUAUGGUCGUCGGAAACAUAUCACUAGUUCAGGUACAAGCGAUAGUAGCAGCGACGGUGGUGUCGAUAUUCGCGAUAGUCGUGAACAUUAUCACCGACCGUGCCAUCAACGGCUCCUACGUACUCCUGCUGAUUGCCUCCGCAGUCUUCACGGCUACCACCACCUGCUUCGUUUUGGAUUUCGUGAUGGUGAUGGUGAUCUACGGUUCGCACAAGUUCAAAGUGAACCCUGACAACGUGGCAACACCACUAGCGGCAUCUAUCGGUGACAUCGUGAGCAACACCGUGCUCGCGGUCACCGCCCAGUACAUGUAUGAGCAGAUACAAAUAUCGUUAUGGCAGCCAAUUGCUUUAAUGUGCGUCUACUACAGUCUACUGCCCCUAUGGGUCUUCAUCGUAUGGCGCAACAAGUACACCAAAAAGGUUCUUACCAGUGGAUGGACUCCAGUUAUCUCUGCACUCUUCAUCAGUGGUAUCGGAGGUAUCGUUUUGGACAAAGCAGUGGACAGCUACCCCGGCUACGAAGUCUUCCAGCCCAUUGUCAAUGGCAUCGGUGGAAACCUGGUCUGCGUACAAUCUUCAAGAUUGGCCACCCAUCUCCAUCAGACGGCUAUUCCUGGAGAGCUACCUGAGAACACCAGGCUCGUUGAAUGGCCUUGGAAGACGCUGUUCUAUGGAACUAAAGCAGCUAAGGUCGCUCGUAUGCUGUUGGUCCUCGCGUUGUUCGGUCAGAUUAUCUUCAUGGUAGUGGCUGACUUUGUCUACCAAGGCUAUGUCACCUUACAAGUGCCCUUCGGAAUCACUUACCUCUUGUGCUCAUUGUUGCAAGUCAUGGUAUUGUUGUACCUAGCUUACAUGCUAGUCCACCUGAUGUGGAAGAAGAAGAAGGAUCCCGACAACGCAGCCAUCCCCUACCUGACCGCUCUAGGAGAUCUCCUAGGAUCAGUGUUCCUAGGACUCACCUUCGUGAUCCUCUCCAUCUUCGGCAUGCAAUACGGUAACAAUGUCCAGUGAAUAGGUACGAUACACCUGAAGGUAUACUAAAGGAAGAAGAAAUAUGGAUCUUAGGACCUUACAGUCUCAUUUAACGUCAAAAAUUAUGAUCCCCAUCAUAGUUUUUGAUGUUAGUACUAUUUAAACAGUCUUGUAUUUUUAAACAGGUGAUCGGUAAGACUUGUUGCAAGACUUGGAUUGUGGAUGGAGACGUUCCUUUAUGGAUCAGUACUGAAACGUUAUCUUGAUGUUCCUUCUAGCUGUGCAACGUUUAGCAUUGCUAGCCAAUACGAAGUAAUACCAAAGGCAAUGGAAUCACUCAGCGGGAUUUCACAAGCUUUUUAUAUUUCAUCAAUUUGCUUUAAUAUGAUUUUAUUAAUAUUCGGUCAGAUUAAGAUAAUAAGGAUAGCAAUCCUGUCAGUAUUGGUAUUCAUUAAAAAUUAAUCGAACGUCAUGUCAAUUGGUGUGCCAAUAUCGAUGUGUCGAUGAAAUCAUAACUUUUUAAACGCGACAGUAUUGAAAAUUUUCAAAGAUUUAUCGUUUUUUGAACAUUAUUUAUUGAUAUUUUGAAUGAUUCUUGUUGAGGUAUCGCUCUUUGUUAGAGUUGACAUCCUGAGAGUCAAACUGUGAUAUAAUGAACUGUAAAAAUGUGAUCGACGCAAUUAUUUUAAAUGUUUUGACAUCAAUUUAUAAUGAGAAUGAAGGACAAUAAAUUGAGUGGAAAUCGAUGAAAUUCAACAGCUAAGUAAGGAAAUGUUACCAUAAUAAAUUGACUCUUGGUUUUGAAGUUUUACGUUUUUAACUAUUUUUAUCAUCAGACCUGCUAUAGAAUUGAGACAAUUUUGAUUGACCUUGUUGAUUGUUUUUAUAGUUAAUAUUUUAACAGACUUAGGCCAAGGAGUUAUUUAAAUCAUUUGUAAUGAAAUGCUCGGCAGUGAGGCUCUCGAACUUCAGCCAGAAUACAAUGUUCCUACACACGUAUUCUCUUGUUCGAUCUAACUGUAAUAGGUGUCAUAUCCAAAAUAUAGGUAAUUGGCGAUACUUAGUUCUAGAUACAUUUUGUAGAUAUGUGUGUAAAUAUUAACUUAUAAUUGUCACUUCAUUGUGAUCGUGUACCGUUUUGUUAGGACUUAUGUGAUAUAGACCUAUUUUGUACGCUUGGUUUUUUCAUAACAGCUUACGUCAGUCCAAAAAUCAAGUAAAAAAAAACCUCUUGGAUUUCUACGCCAUUCACUCUGUUCGUGUGGUCUAAAUUUUCGUUGAUUAAAAUAAAAUUUACUGGUCAGGUACCAUUUUAUAGUAUGUGUAAGGUCACUCGAUUGUGAUGUAUCGAGAUUCCAUUGAGCAAUCACCUGCCAAUCUCAAGGCGUUGCACGUAAAAUCAUUGUUGUUUACUUCCCGCCAUCUUUGUUUUGUCUCUGCCCACCUUGACAAUGAGGUUCAUUGCCUUGUGGAAUUAAAAAAAUGAAAUUCUAAAUUUGAAUUACGUUGGGGCCGUAAAUACUUUUUUGUGUUCGAAAUUCGAAAACUUUUUUUUUCUAAAUUUCUUUCUGUUGUUUUUUUUUAUAUAAAAUGUUGAUUAUAAAACCAAGCGUUAGGAUGUAAUUUAGUAUUUAGUUUAGGAAAGAGAGUACAAUAAAGCAAUUACGUAGUAUUUAAGUUAAGAGGCCUAAACUAAUUUAUUAAACUGACGUGUAUAGUGUAUAGAUACAGAUUGGUAAUCAAAUGUAAAAUAAAUAUCACCAAUUUGGUAGUAUUAGACGAGCAUUUUGAAGAACUGGAAAAUAGAUUAAACUAGGUGUAAUGUUCGUUUGCUUGUGUGAGAUCUCAGAAACUGAAAAAAGUAAUAGUUGGACCUGUUUAUUUCUACCUCUGCUGGAAAACACGAUACAUGUUGUGUAUAAAAAUGUAUGUGUGAUACAGAAAUAGAAAAUUAUUUUUGUUAGUAAAGUUUUAACGAAAAUGAUAAAAAAAAAUGCCAAAUUGUGGAGGUACACUCGACAUCAUGAGAUUGUUGAUGCGACGUGAUGGGGGCUACCGGUUUUCUGCUAUCCAGAUGGCGCUAGUGGGGCCCUUUCGUUCUUUGCUCAAUAGGGAGUUAGCUAAUAUCACACCAUUGGAUCUUUAAUGCCUUGUUCGCACUAUUUAGUAACUCUUUCUCGCUUCGAUUUUAGGACAGAAGCGAGAGGGAUAGACUAAACACUCGCUGCUCGACUAAAAUACUAGCAUAGUACGAACAAGGUAAUAAACGAUUGAACAAACUGACGUCUUGCUAGAUUUCUUCUUUUUAUCGACAGAUGGCGCUCACCUGGUAUUUAAAAAACGGUAGCCGCCAUUGUAAAAGUUGUUGACUGUAUAUUAAUUGCAGUGCUUCAUUGUAUAUUUAACCAAAUAUGUACUAAAAUAUUAUUUUAUUGGCGUUCAGCAUCACGGUACUAUAUUUUAGCUUAUUUUUUUAUAACAUUAAAAUACGAGAUCCCGGACGCCAAUUGAAUAGAAUGUGACCAUAAUUCAAUAACGUUAAGAUAUAUUUUUGAAUGAAUGAUGUGAUAUAAAUGAGAUUUUAAAUUGUAUAUAGAGAAUUGUUAUGUAGUACGUAAAUCACUGAGAAAAGCUGUUGUUAGUUUGUUAGACGCUUCCCUUUCGUAAAAGGCUGCACUAGACAUCAAUUAUUAGUGAAAAAUUAAUAAAAUAUCGAUGAUUGGUUGCACAAUUUUCUUCUAAAACCCCUUUUUUCUAUCUUCUUCCCCCACCUUCAACCUCAUUUCCGUCCUAUACUAAAAAUAUUACAUUUUCAAAAAAUCAAUUCUUUUAAACAA